AUGUCCGAGGAGAUUAUUGGGCAGAGAGAUUCAAGUAUGGCUUUGCUAUACCAAAAUUCUUUACUGACUUGUGAACCGAGAAAGAAAAAAUCGAGAAUCCGGAAGACCGGUGACCAGAGCGUGGCCCGAAUUCUUGAGAAGUGGAAAAAUUACAACACGAAGCUCGACUCGGUUGACCCGAGAAGCAAACCCGUCAAACGAGCACCGGCUAAGGGAUCCAAAAAGGGUUGCAUGAAAGGCAAAGGUGGGCCCGAGAACUCACUCUGUAAGUACAGAGGCGUUCGGCAGCGAACAUGGGGAAAAUGGGUGGCUGAGAUCAGAGAGCCACACAGGGGAAACAGGUUGUGGCUCGGCACGUAUUCCAGUGCACCUGAGGCUGCCUGUGCUUACGAUGAGGCUGCCCGAGCUAUGUACGGCACGUUUGCCCGUCUUAAUUUCCCUUCGAGCGAGGAUGUUAAGGAUUUUUCAUCAGCAGUUGCUACAACAUCAUCCAACUCAGCUGCAAACUCUGGCUGCUCGGAGGUUUGUCAUGAUAUGGUUGUCUUGAAAGAACACGUUCACAAGUUAAAAACCGAUGAUAAUGAAGGUUUGUCGAAGGUUUCUCGUGUUCCAUUAGCAGUCUUGAAAAAAGAAGUAACAGAUGUGAAAGAAGAUGAAGUAAUCAAGAGAGAUAGCAAGAUAAACUUAGACAAGGUCGUAAAGGAUGAUGAACAUUGUUCAUUAGGAAAUCGUGACACGUUGGGAAAUGAGAGCUUCCGAAAGGAAGAGAUGUUUGAUGUGGAUGAUCUGCUUUCCGAGUUGAACUCAUAUUGUCAAGACGGUGACCAAAUGGUGCGGGUUACAAAUGGAAAUCAUAUGCCGCCUAUCCCACACGAGGGGUCUUAUGGUAGUUUGCAUCAUGAGAAGGCACUUUCGGUUUACGAUUAUGAUUUGGAUUUCUUAAAGCCUGGGAGGGAGGAAGAUUGUAAUUUCUGGUUGAGUGAUUUUGAUUUGGAUUUGGACUCGGAAUUGGCCAUGUGA